GCGCCGGCCCCUUCCGGCUCGAGAGAAGACGGGGAAGCGGAAGGCUGCCUAGCGACGGAGAUCGUUCGGCCAGUCUGUCAAAGUCAGCCAUGGCGUCUGGGUGCCGGAUAGGUCCGUCCAUCCUCAACAGCGACCUGGCUGCGCUGGGUGCCGAAUGCAGCCGCAUGAUGGACUGUGGGGCAGAUUACCUGCACCUGGAUGUAAUGGACGGGCAUUUUGUCCCAAACAUCACUUUUGGCCAUCCUGUUGUAGAGAGCCUUCGGAAGCAGCUGGGUCAGCAACCCUUCUUUGAUAUGCACAUGAUGGUUGCUAAGCCAGAACAAUGGGUGAAGCCCAUGGCUGUAGCAGGUGCAAAUCAGUACACCUUUCACAUAGAAGCUACGGACAAUCCAGGGGCACUCAUUAAAGAUAUAAGAGAAAAUGGGAUGAAGGUUGGUUUGGCUAUUAAGCCAGGAACUACAGUAGAAUAUUUAGCACCAUGGGCCAGUCAGAUUGAUAUGGCCUUAGUUAUGACAGUGGAACCGGGAUUUGGUGGACAGAAGUUCAUGGAAGAUAUGAUGCCAAAGGUUCAUUGGCUGAGAACACAGUUUGCUUCCUUGGAUAUUGAAGUGGAUGGUGGGGUAGGGCCAGAUACCAUUCAUAAAUGUGCAGAGGCUGGAGCAAAUAUGAUUGUGUCUGGGAGUGCUAUAAUGAAGAGUGAUGAUCCCAGAGCUGUGAUUAACCUCCUGAGGAAUGUGUGUUGUGAAGCAGCUCAAAAGCGCUCUCUCGACCGGUGAAAUCGAGAUAUGACCAAAGGAGAUGCAUGCCACUUUCAUGUAUAUGUGUGGGUGGGAUAUUGUGGAAUUACGGUGCUGCUAAAGCAAGACUGCAGUACUAAAGAUUUAUUACGGUGCUGCAGAAAAGAGCAGCACAAAAUAAAAUUGUCUUGCCCGUUUGAAAGUAUAUUGGUCCAGUACUAUCCCUAGACUUCAGAAAACAAUUUUGUAAUACAUGCUACAAAAUCUGGGUGCGUCUUGCUUGAGGAUUGUAUGUAGCAGCCUGCAACCUAAGACAAAUUUAUUUUGUUCCACAUUACAAAUUUGUUCAUUCCUUAACAUCUUAAAUGCUUGAAAAUAAACACUUGAGAUGACUGAAA